GAUUGGCAGAAGAAUACUUAAUUCAGAGGAGCGCCUCGUUGUCCAUAGUGUGCCAGUAGGAGCCGCCGAUGAAGAAUCGCCAAGACAUGGCCUGGGGAAGCGGCAUGACCUACCAGCUAGCAGCAGCGGCUGUUUGCGUGGUGCUGCUGCAAAGCGCGAUGGCUGCUUCUGUGCAACGGCAGCCGUGGACCCUGGAAGAAACAACACCCAGCGAAUCUCCAUCACAAUCAAUGAAGAUGGAUUGGGCAGGAGGUCCAGUGGCCCUCGUCGAACACGAAGGACAGCUAUUUUCUAUGGAUUUCGAAGCCGAUACAAAUAAAGUGUUGGUGCCGAAGGAGGUAUUUGCGGAUGCUGGUGUUGUAGCGGCUCAGAUGUCAGAUGACAAGCAGUACGUCCUCCUUGCCUAUGAUGCUAAGAGGGUAUUUCGACAUGGGGCAAGCGCACGCUAUAUGGUAUACAGAAUCGAUGAUGAAAGGGAAAAUAAGAUCCUUGGCAGAAGACAGAAAACAGGAGACAGCAGGGUGACACAGAUCGGCGGUGGAAAACGCCUUCAACUGGUGACGUGGGGCACAAAAAGCCAGCUGGCGUAUGCGUACGGAAACAACAUCUACUACCUGACGUCGCCUGACGCUGAACCAAUACAGAUCACCAAAGACGGGGUACCGAACGUCGUCUUCAAUGGAAUCCUGGAGUCAUAUGCUAACGCAUGGUCCCACCCAGUGGAGACAGUGGGCCAGGAUGGAUCGCUGUUGUUUUCUCCCGACGGAAGGAAGCUGAUGUUUAUCCAGAACGACGUCUCCUCAGUGGCCGACGCCAGAUUCGUUUACUACGGCAGACCUGGAGCCCUGGAGAAUCAGUACGCUAACCUGGUUACCUUCCGCUUCCCCAAGGCCGGCACGCCAAUGCCCACCAUAGCGCUGAAGGUGGCGCGUCUGGCGUCUGAAGAUUGCCCCUGCCUGAGAAUUCAACAGCUGCUGGCUCCAGUCGACGUCGUCAGCGAAGACCACUACCUUGUAUCAGUGGCGUGGGUUGACGACAACACCGUAAUGGCUUGGUGGAUGAAUCGCACUGCAAACGUCAGGCAAGAUGUGAUCUACUUCCUUUCCAAUGACGUGAAGCAAAUUGCUGGGGAAAAGGGCCUAAAAAUAGAGCAGAGGAACGGCUGGGUAGACAUACAUCCACCGUAUUUCCAAAAAGGAAAGGAGACUUCAACUUACGUGACAAUCCUGUGGCAGCCUCAUGACGACAAUGUUAGUUUCCCUCACUUGGUCAAAGUGUCGGGGAAUUCCACGAAAGCCAUCACAUCAGGAGAGCUGACAGUCACUAAGAUAUACGGAUGGGCCCCCAAUGGCACAGUGUACUACCAGGCCACUGAGGAAGGCCGGCCGUCCACGCGGCAGAUAUUCGCCGUGGAGGAGGGCGGCGAGCCCCGCUGCCUCAGCUGCGCCCUGACCAGCCCAGAGGGCAACCCCUGCCAACGGGCCGACGCAUCCUUCAGCGACGACUUCGAGUGGUUCGGCCUCUUGUGCGUCGGGCCAGACCCGCGUUUCUCCAGGCUACUGACCACUGCUGCCCCCGAUGGCGACACGAAACUGACGUCAAACAGCAAAGAACUGCGGAAGUUCUUGAAAUCUAGGCUGCAGCCAGGGCGUCUGGAAGACUGGGUGGAGGUGGAGGGAGGGGUGGCAGCCCAGGUGCGCCUCCUGCUUCCCCCGGACCUCGACCCCAAUGGCUCCGAGAAGAGGCCAGCCAUCGUCAGCGUGAACGCCUACCCGGGCGCCCAAAGUAUAGGUGACUCCUUCACCACGGACAUCUCCAGCUACUUCACCACCAACAGGCGGUACGUCUACAUCUACAUCGACGGGCGCGGGUCUGGCUGCAAGGGUGACAGGACGCUCUUCUCCGUCUACCGGAGGCUGGGCACUGUCGAAGUGGAGGACCAGAUCAGCGUCACCAAGUGGCUGACUGAGAAGUACCCGUUCAUCGACAGCUCACGUGUGGCCAUCUGGGGCAAGGGCUACGGUGGCUACGCGGCGGCCAUGGCGCUGGCCAGGGAUGAGGACGACGUCUUCAAGUGCGGCGUCUCCGUGGCUCCCGUAACCAGCUGGAUAUACGCCGACAUACGAGAUUCAGAGAGGUACAUGGGCUUUCCCACGCCCGAGGACAACGAGGAGGGCUACAACGCCAGUGACGUCACACGACUAGCAGAGCGCUUCGCGGGAAAGAAGUUCCUGUUGAUGCACGGCACCGCGGACGACAGAGUCCUCUAUCAGAACUCCAUGGCGCUGGCGACCGCCCUCGAGGAGGCCGGCGUGCUCUUCGACCAGCAGAGCUACCCGGACGAGGAGCACCGGCUGAGUAGCGUAAAUGGUCACGUGUACCGUACCAUCGACGAGUUCUUCCUGAGGUGCUUCGACCGAACUCCUCUUCUGGUCGACAUUAUCAGCGAACUCAUCUCCUAGAGAUGUUUAUACUCCAGUCUUAACCACUGCUGUAAACUGUUGCAAAUGUUUACCAAUAGCUGUUGGUUUUACAGAAACUAUCGUUGUAGAUAAGUUACAUCAGUACGAUUCUA